GCGGGGGAGGAGGGAGCACGCAGCUAACAGAUUGGCAGGACCUCGAGCCACUGACCUAGGACGACAACUUGAAGCCUUGUUAAGGGCUGUCGAAGUAGCCAAUAGCGUUCGCAGACUUGGCAGAAAGUAGCCAAUUCGGGCGGGAGGCGGAGCCUUGGCGGGGGAGGGGAGAGAAGCACCAGAGGCCGCCGAGGCAGAGAGCAGCUGUGGAGAUUCCCGGAGCAGUUGGCCGCUAUGAGUUACACAGGUAAGGACCGUUUCUGAUCAAGGAAGACCAGAUGGAAGAGGUAAACCCGAGCUUCAGAAACAGCCCCGAGUCUCAGGGAAUGAGGCCUCCAGUAUCCGGUCCGAGGCUUUAAGAUGGCGCCGUGCCCAACUUUUCGACCUCCCUUCCCUUUCAUCUUCCCCCUCCCCCCUCCCAGCCUUGGGCUAAAUUGGGACACGAACGCCCUUCAUGUAGGGCCCUACUUUGGUGACGCCGAGGCUGCCUCCUGGCUCUUAGCUGGGUGGGGCUUCGUUUCUUUUGGGGACUUUACUCUUUAGAAGGGGAGCGGUGGUUCUGGAGUCGGAGGACUCGGGUUCAAAUGUUACCUUCGGAACUUGCUGUCUGGGCGACCUUGGCCUAAUCUCCGUUUCCCUUUCCGUGGAACUAGAGGGGUGAGGAAGGGGGAAGGAUCGGACCCGAGAGAGGCGCCGGGGCAUGAGGUGGGAUUGGAGCUAGUCCGGCUCCGGGGAGGAAACAAUUGGGGGGCCGGGUCCCCGCGCACCUCACAGAUUCGAGGGUCAGCAAGCAGUCUGUACGUAAGGAAGCAAGGCAGGAGAUGCGCGGUGCGGGGCUGCAAGCUUCCGGUUGGAAACCGUGUACCCGGGCAGAAGGCUGGGUGAGCAGGGGAGGACCGCCGCCCCCGCUUCGCCAACCGUGUGAGACUCAAGAGUGGUUGUCUGAUACCGCGGCUGAACCCGUGAUCCUCUGAAGUAGCUUCGGUUGCCGGGUGACGGACACUCCCCUGCAUCCCCCCUUAGGAGUAGGUGGUAGAAUCUGCCAAGCCCCAGCCCCCUUUCCACCUCGUUGUCCUCUCUGUCCUGCUCGUGGUCAACUGGGCAGAUCCGGGCAGUCCGAGCGGGCUCGGCCUUGGCUGGGCUGCAACUGCCCGGGUAGGAGAAAGACAAAAUUCAAAGGCAUUUAAAAAGAAGAAACUCAAGAAGCGAUCGCCCAGGAUUAUGACUUAUGGCUGCAAAGGAUCUUGGAGGUCGUCUAGAACCCUACUUCCCGCAUUUAUUUACCGGGUUUGUCCAGGGAUCAGAAACAACUCUACAAUCUACAUUUUCUGAUACUACUGCCCAGCCCACAUGUGACUAUGGAUAUGGAACCUGGAAUUCUGGGACAAAUAGAGGUUACGAGAAUUAUAGUUAUGGAUAUGGAUAUGGUCAGGAUAAUACUACCAAUUAUGGGUAUGGUAUGGCCAGUUCAAACUCUUGGGAAAUUCCUAACUCCGACACAAAUACAAACCCUAAUGGUUCUGCUAGCACCGGUACCGAUAAUGUUCUGUCCAAAAUUAACCAGCGCUUUGAUGUGGUGUCUCACCUAGAAACUGACAUGAUGCAAGGAGCACUAUAUGGCUCAAGUGGAGACAGGUAUGAUUCCUACGAAGCGUAUGACUCCAGGGCUGCACUGAGCGACCGUGAUCUGUACAGAUCCGGCUAUGAUUACAGUGAGAUUGACCCUGAAAUGGAGAUGGCCUAUGAAGGCCACUACGAUGCCUACCGGGAUCAUUUCCGCGUCCGUGAUGCCUUUGGCCAGCGGGCACAGGGCUGGGCCAGAGAUGGCCGUACUAAUAGGCCUAUGGCUACGGGCUAUGGGCGCAUGUGGGAUGACCCUAUGGGGACCCGGGGCCAAUGUGUACCGGGUUCGUCCCGCCUCCCAUCCCUCUUCUCUCAGAACAUUAUUCCUGAAUACGGCAUGUUUCAGAGCAUGAGAGGCUCCUAUGGGAACAUGCAAUUUGGCUUCGGACUUGGCAGUGGGAUGAAACAAAUGAGAAGGACAUGGAAGACCUGGGCUACUACAGACUUCCGGAAUAAAAAGAAGAAGCGAAAACAGUCAAAUAGCACUGAUGAACCUGACAGCAAAGCAACUAAGACAGAUGGUUCUGAGAACAGUGACUCUGACAAUGAUGAGGGGACUGAAGGUGAGACAGUAGAAGGAACAGAAGCCUCUGAUACAUCUAGAAAGGACUCCAGAGCGGAAGGAGAAGAAGGAGGAAAAGAAGAUGGAAAGGAAGAAGGGAAGGAAGAUAAUGAAAAGGUUCUUCUCAGUGGCUGGCAGUUGUUGACGUCCGAGCCGUGGCCCCCUCGUUCCAGUUUUUACGGCUCUGGUUUGCGUGUCCUCUCCCUUAGCGCCUCUCCAGCCCCAGUUGGGAAUCCGUGUCCCCCAACCCGUGUGAUGAGCACCAGCAGGACCACUGACUAUUCAGGAGGAAAUCAGUCAAAUCAAACGCAAAUUGCAGGCUGGCAAGAAGACCCAAGAGAAACAGAAGAAACGACAGCGAGACCGCAUGGUGGAAAGGGCCCCCCGAACUGGUGUUUGCCUCCGACUCAGACUCUUGCUCUUGCUGGAUCUUCCUCGGCCAAGCCGGCUCCGGGCCCCUGGGCUCUCCAGACAAAGCUGUUCCCGUGGCCCAGAUAUGGACGGCAGAGGAUCCAGUUUGUGUGUUCUCUCUGCAAAUAUCGGACCUUUUAUGAUGAUGAGAUGACCAACCACUUAGACAGCAAGUUCCACAAGGAACAUUUCAAGUUUGUAGGCACUAAAUUGCCAAAACAGACUGCAGACUUUUUGCAGGAAUAUGUUGCUAACAAAACCAAGAAGACAGAAGAACGACGCAAAACCAUCGAGGACCUAAAUGGUGUUAUCCAGCAGAUUUAUAAAGAUCAAGACCUUACUCAAGAGAUUGCCAUGGAGCAUUUUAUGAAGAAAGUUGAGGCAGCUCAUUGUGCAGCCUGUGACCUCUUCAUUCCCAUGCAGUUUGGGAUCAUACAGAAGCACCUCAAGUCCAUGGAACACAACCGAAACAGAAGACUCAUGAUGGAACAAUCCAAGAAGUCCUCACUCAUGGUAGCUCGAAGUAUCCUGAAUAAUAAGCUCAUCAGCAAAAAGCUAGAACGUUAUCUUAAGGGUGAGAAUCCUUUCACAGAUGACCCAGAAGAAGAAAAGGAGCAAGAAGAAGGAGAGGGCAGUGCUCUAGAAGAAGGAGCUGCUGAAGGGGAAGAUGAAAACGCUACCAAGGAGAAAAGUACUGCAGGAGAACCAGAGCUUCAGUCAGGAGACCACCAGCCACCUGAAGUAACAGCAGGGGCUGGAGAACAAAUUCCAUCAAAAAAUUCAGUAGAGGAACAGUCAGCCUUGGAGUUAUCCCCAGAGGAGGAACCAUUGCCCUUGUUAGGGGGUGCCUUGCAGCAGCAGAUCCGGGGUAUUCCUGGUCUAGAUGUGGAAGCUGAUGAGGAUGAGGGAUGAAGGAGUCAACUCUUCAGGGAGAGUUUAGAUCUGUUUCAGAGCCAUCAUUGAAUCUUUCUAAGAGUGGUAGAAUGAGGGAAUUGAUAGCACCUACCUGGAAACCUAAUCUCAUUCUGACCCUUGAAAGCCUAGCCUCUUUUUUUGUAAAUGGUUAUGGAAAUAUAUAUAUAUAGAGAGAGAGACUGAGAGUGUGUGUGUGUGUGUGUGUGUGUGUGUGUUUUGUUUCAUGGUUGUUGUAGGAGGGGUGUUACGGAGCAGGAAGGAAUAUAGAGGACUGGGUAUUUUUUUUUUGAAACUCCAACUACAUAUCUGUUUUGAGCCUCUGAGUUCUGAGGUAACCUUUCUUUAGGGACAUCUUUUAUAGUAUCUGUAAUAGACUAUGUGAAAAAGUGUGAGCUCCUGGUCCUCUUCCUUAGGGAGCUUUGUAUUUAAUUAAAAGGUAGGUUGGUUCUGGUUUUGAAAGGGCUUUCUGGGGUAAAAGAAAUCUUCUUGUUUUUAGUUCUGCCAUUGGUCCCAACAACAACUCUUUCCUGUUUAGUCAUUUUGUUUUCAUCUCUUUCUUUGGCUGGAAAGCCAAAGUCAGCAUCAUAUUGUUUGUAAAAAUCUGAAAUAAAUGUUCGUUUGGAACUGAUAAAAA